AUGGACCCUUUCCCCCCCUCCUCCUCUCCCCCUCUCCCCUUCCCCCCCUCUCCCCCUCUCUCCCCCUCUCCCCCUCUCCCCCUCUCCGCUUUUCCUCUUCUCCCCCUCUCCCCAUCUCCCCCUCUCCCCCUCUCGCACUCCCCCUCUCCGCCCUGUCCCGUCUCUUCCCCCUCACCCUCUCUCCCCCUCCCCAUCUCUCGACCUUCCUUCCCCUCUCUCCAGAGCCACCACUCGUUAUACUCACACCCUGAUGAGCUGCAGGAGCUGUGCCGGCUAGUGCUGGCGCAAGACAUUCUGGAGGGAUCUGGAUCCCUCCAGCACAGCGGUCCUGCGACUCAAUCCGAAGCCAUGUCCAUCGGCACCGCUGCAGCCGUCGCUUCUUAUACCUUCACAGACGGUGCUGCAAGAAUUGCCGUCUCUCGUCGGGGACUUGAACCCGCGUUAACUGGACGAUCCUCUACCAAGAGAGCGAGUCUGACAGGUAAACGCUGCGCAUCACCUGCUGUACCGGUGUUCUGCUCCGCUAACCCCCGCACCAACCCGUCCACGUCAGCGCCUUCCGCGUCAGCACCGUCCACGUCAGCAUCAGCAAUGACAUCUGACGGCGGAGAAACGGCGCCGUUUCGCCAGAUGAGUCCGGAGGAGCACUGGUGGUGGGGUACACCCAAAUACCUCAUGGGUAACUGGCACGGCCAAUGGCGAUCAUGGAAGCCGAUGCAAUCAACGGACGAGAUCAGAUCCAUGAAAUCCGUGCGGAAAAUAUGGGCCACGUCACCCGAUCUCAGCAGCUUCGCGCACAUGAACGACUGGUACGACCACCAGGGCGAAGUUUCCAAGCAGCCGCCCAAGGUGGGGUUCCGGUGGGACAUGUCCCUGGCAGAGCACAGCCUGCCAGACGGAUUCUGCCACGUGGCAGCCAGCACUGCGCGCCGAUACGUCGUGAGCAGGAAGGCGGACGCCAUCUGGGCGCCUCUGGAGGUGGCUGAUGGGGAAGGGGGCAUCAAGCUGCCGUUCCUGGUGGAAUUCUUCUUCUCCCACACCCCCACGUCUCGUCUUGGCAGCGUGGUUGGGUUUGAGCCCGACAGAGCAUUCCGGGCCUCAGUGGUGGUAGAGGAGUCACUAGACACCAACGAACGCCGUCCCUCAGACUGGGUCUGGCCCACGUGGGGCGCGGGCGGCCUCUCGUCCCAUCUGCCCGACCACCUGCCGCCCGUUCCGGCACUAGAUGACAAGACAAUGGUGGGCACGCGAACCAUUUUGACCCGAAAUCUUAUGGUUCAGGAGCGAGAGAACGUGUCCUGGGCAGAAGAAUGGAGCCCGAACAGCGCUGCCGUUGCAGCAGCUGCUUCUGGUGACACUGCUUCAGCGGGAAAAGCCAUUGCAGCAGAAGUAAGAGGAGCAGCAGCAGCAGCUGGCUUUAUGGGCAGAGUGCCUGAGGGAGAUGAGGACCGGUAUGCGGUGUUUGCUCUGCCCCACGGGGUGGUGGUGUGCGCCCCGCGCUUGCUGCAGCUGGUGGCAGGGAGGCCGUUUGUGCUGUCGGUGUCGUGGGUGACCCGCAUUGACUGGGCGAUCCACCAAGAGCCACCUAACACGUCAGCACCUUCCAAGUCAGCAUCAUCCAUGGCGUCUGGCGGCGGAGAAGCGGCACCGUUCCGGCAGAUGAGUACGGAGGAGCACUGGUGGUGGGGUACGCCGGAGCGCCUUAUGACUAACUGGCACGGCCAAUGGCGAUGCUGGAAGCCGCUCGAAUCAACGGACGCGAUCCGAUCCUUUAAAUCCGUGCGGAAAUUUUGGGCCACGUCACCCGAUCGCAGCAGUUUCGCUCACAUG